UAUAAAUAAUUUAUGUGAUCUUGAAAUGUACGUUACAAUUCUCCUUAUUUCAUUUUUAAAGAGAGAGAGAGAGAGAGAGAGAGAGAGAGAGAGAGAGAGAGAGAAAGAGCUGUAUAAUGCAGUUGCAAAGAAAGAAUUCAUUGAACGGAUUCCAUUCUUCUCUUCGUAGCUGCACUCAAAAUGAAAUAAACAUAUGAUUAAACAUCAACAAGAAAAAGAGAGAAGAUGAAAAGUUUACCCCCACAAAGAACAGACCUUUCGAAGUAAUGAUGCAGAAUUCGAUGACAUUGAAUUCUUUGUCCUGAUCUCGAAACUCACGAUUUACAAUGUGGUCGACGGAAUACGUGGAGCUCAAGCGUAUCGACGAGUUAUUACAAUGUGGGAUAUGCUAUGAGUACAUGGACACUAGUGUAAUAACUUCCUGCUCCCACAGUUAUUGUUCCUUGUGCAUUAGAAAGUAUCUACAUUAUAAGACCCAAUGUCCGAUCUGUUCUGAGGAAACCUUUGAGAAAGAUUUGAGGAAAAACAAGCUUUUGGAUGAGAUUAUCAUUCAGUAUUUGAAUUUUAAAGAAAAACACGGUAAGAAGUUUUGUCGUGAAAAGUUGUCGACUGCAAGAUCUGGAAUUUUGCAAUUGGAAACAGUUUGCUCCGCAAACAAUUUUGAGUGCAAGGAAGAGCCAGAUGUUCUCGAUGCAAUUGAGACAUUGCCCCAGGAAUUUGAUAGUCCGAUACUCACAGCUAAUAUCACACCUCGUAAACGAAAGGAUUAUCAGCAGGACAUAUCCACUCCUAGUACCAGUGCAGAUCUUAAAAUACCAUCAAUGUUUACACCAAAGAAUAGAAAGGGUUUUCAAAGAGAAGAAAAUUGUCAGGUGGUUACAUGUCCAGUGUGCAAAGUGGAAGUGUCCGAAAUUCAUAUAAAUAGGCAUUUGGAUGAUUGCUUGAAAAGAGACAAUACAAAGGAUCAACCUAAGAAAAGUGAACCGAAACGUAAGCCACUGCCAAAGUUAGUGUUAAGUUUAAUGAAAGAUAAUGUCAUACGAAAAAGACUGAAAGAAUUGGGCUUGUCGUCUCAAGGAGAUAGAAAAACAUUGGAAAGUAGGCUGCAGAAAUACACAGUUCUUUACAAUGCAGAGUGUGAUAGAACGUAUCCAAGACCUGUUUCAGAAUUAAUUAAGCAGUGUGAAGAGGAAGAGAAUUUGGAGAAGAAAGUGCAGAAGCCAUCAAAUAAAUUGAAUGUCAAUAGAAAUACAGAACACAAUAUUAUAGAGCAGCAGAGAAAAAAGUAUUUGUCUACAAAUAAGGACAGUUUUAACCAAUUAAUUACAAGAAUAAAACAUGACAAUAAGCUACAAAAAAUAUCUGUUAGACGCAACAUAUUAAACAAAGAAAAUUCUGAUAUUUUAUAUAAUGAUCGAGUUGCAGAAAACGAUUCAACUAUUAAAGAUGAACAGAGAACUGAUUUUGUACCACUGAAAUCUGCCAAUUAUGUUGAAGAUUCAGAUUCGAACGCGUCUUGUCCCUUGCAAAUGUAUUCUAGUGAAGAUCCGAUGAAUUUUCUAACUGUUGAAUUAAAUGCUUCAUCUAAUGAUUCCAUCACUCAAUGUACUUCUGAUCAUGAUACUUCAAAUCAAUUAUAUAAAACUAAUUCAGAUUUAUUUAAUUCUGGUACAAAACUAGAAAAUAUAAAGAUUGAAAAACUGUCUUCUGAAAAUGUUUUAAUACAUGAAGAAAUAACUUUUAAUAAUCAACCAAGACAGUGUGAUGUUGUGGAGACUGAAAUAGAUCUUGACACCAAAAAAUCUGAAACUAUUAAAAUGGGAACAGAGAAUGAAGAACAAAUUAAGUCAUCUGAGAGGAAUAGAAGUAACACGAAGUACAACUCUGACAAAUGUGUUGCAUAUUUUGAAUCUAGAGAUAGGCAGAAAGAAUUAAACAAUGAAGAUAUAAAUUUAAUUGUAGAAGAUAUUGAGCAUUUUGUAGAAGACAAUGACCAUAUUGACAUGCAGGAUAUUUAUGAUAGAUCAAAUCAGUUAAAUAAAACGAUGGAAGAGUUUGCUGCCGGUAGCACAAAAUUCGAAAAAGAAAACGUGAAAGCGUUGGAUAAAGAUCUAACAACUUCAGUUUUUCGCAAACGGGAGUGUGAAAUAGCAUUCAUGUUAAGCGACGAGGAAAAAGUUGCAGAUAGAACAAUAAAUGCUAGAAAAUCAGCCCGUCUUGGUCUUAGCGAGGCUAAGGGAUUUAACAAUGAAACGUUCAGCAAAAUUGCGUGGGAUGAGGAAAAAUCACAAAGUGAGAAGGAGGAGUCGCAGGUAAUUCGUACGAAUAAUAUACGCAAUUUUGAGAGGAAAUCUGUUAGAUUAAGAAAUAAAAUGAGUAAUGACACUAAAAAAUUAAAAAGAUGAAAUUAAUUUUCACUCAGAAUUAAAAUAACUGAAUCAUUGAAUUAAAUGAAAUUUUAUAUAUCUUAUUGAGCAUCAUAAAAUGUAAAAAUAAGAAAAAUAUUAGACUAAGCAAUCUUUUGCAUAUUCAAUUGUUGUAUAUAGUUUUGUACUCAUGGUGCCUUUGAUAUAAAACAGAAUUGUAAUAUUUAUUUUUAAGGCAUAAUAAGAAUAAAAAAUAUUGAAAAAAGAAAAUAAAAAGUGUAAUAUUAUAUAUAAACUAUUUUUAUUAUAUUAAUAUUUGCAUUUUCUAAUUAUGGCUGAAUUGAUUACAACAAUGUAAUAAAAUGGAAUAAAAAA